AUGGUUUCUGUAAGUAUUAUUCUAUUACUAGAAUGACUUAAGCAUUUGGGAGAUAAUUCGUUCGAAACGUAAUAAGAUGAAAAUUUACUAACGUGAAAAAUUAAGUACAUUAGAGCUCCAACCUACAAGACAGUUAAAACCAUUGCUGGUUUAAACUUGCCACUUAUUAAGCAAUACGCACCUAACUUGAUGCUCUGGGGAGGUGCUGCUGCUGCAGGUGUUGCUACUUUCACCGAAGGUAUCCCAUUAUUCAAGGAUACUUUCUACACUAAAAUUCCAUACUUUGGUCAACACUGGGUUUACAAUCCAGACCCAGAAGAAGUUCCUGUCUAA